UGUGCAAAUAACAAAGUAUUGUCUUAACUGUUGACCCCCUUUGCGUUGCGGCUUUACUUUUAAUUGGAGAAAAGUCGCCAACUCAUUUUGGAAAACAACGAUGUGAACAAUUUUAGUGUUUUAAGUUGGGUGCAUACAAUUAGUUUAUUAAUUAAGAAAAUGUUUACCAAUCGAAAUAUUUUUGUGUUUUUUCUUAUACUAAAUGAACUUGCGCUAACGGCAAAUUCGCAACAGUUGCAAAAAAAAGCCGCCACCGAAAGGCCCGUAUGCUCGGAGCGAUGUAAUAUGGCUUUCCGAUGUGAUCCUUACUAUAGCGGCCCACCGGUGUGGACGAUAAUGGACGGUGUCUGCAAACUUUUCAAGACAGACUGUCUAUUUGCCAGCACCAAUUGCCAUCGGCAGAAUAACUGCUUAUCAAAAUUAACAACAACUUCACAACAAAUCUGUCAGAUAAAGUGCAGGGAAGCGUGUGUGCAAGUGCCUAUAAAACCGGUGUGUGGUGUUUUCCCCUAUGUGACAGUAUAUGGGGACCGAAAUGACGGUAUGAUCACCUUCAAAAAUCAGUGUGAACUGGAAAAAUGGUCAUGCUGGAAUUCGAAAGCAUACAUCUCAGUGAGCAAAGGAACCUGGUUUUGAAAAACUAAAAUUAUGUUGUGGAAUGGUUAAAAAGAGUCAAAAUGAUAGGUCAAUAAAUAAUAUGGCCAUAUGCUCAACAGUGAAGUGAUUUGAUUGUACAGAUCGGUACAUACUUACGAUCUAAUAUUAUUUAAAAACGAAUUGUUUUGUAUUUACUCCGUAGAAGAUGAAAGAAAACUAUUUAUGUAUAUAUACAGCUGUGGUUAUUGAAAUAACAGUGCAACAGAAGCUAUACUAUAUAACUGUUUUUUUACUCUUGUAACCUGUUGCUACAGAGUAUAAUA